GUGCAAUUCCCGACGAGAUCGGCGUCGAAUCCGCGCUCCGGUCCGGAUCGCGCGUCAACCCCCGACGUUUCUCGCGCACGUCGUCACGACGUUGCACGUUGCUUUUUUAAUCUUGACGUACGAAGGGAUCAUAUCCGUCUGCUUUCUCCUCGUCACCGAGCAUCUUUAAUUCAUUCGACGGGUGACAGAUCUGUCCGGCAAUUUGUUCAUUUUCCGCUCCAUGCAAAGGAUGGGUGGGGAUUAGUGAAGAAGCGGCGCGCGAACAAGCCGAUAUGGACCGAUGAGUGAUGCGGAUGCUGGCGGCGGUGCGGACAACGCAGUCUCGGGAAUAUAGGCUCGUGACCGAGUCUGAAGGGAUUUAAUCGGCGCGAUGCGACGCGCCAGGCCGCGAUCCAGCGGUCCGAUCCAGCAACGUCGCGCCGCGACACAGUGCCGGUGAAUGAAGGCGCGGACGAGGACGAGAGGACGACAGCCUUGAGCGAGGCAGGGUUGAAAGGGCGAGCCGGAAAAAUAUGGUGCACGAGGGCACGGGUCUAUGGCACGCGGCGGGAUUCAACGCGUCGAGGUGGCUGAUGAUCAUAAUACACGGAUACCGAGCCACCACCCUCGUCCUGUACAUCCUCCUCAACGUGCUGGUGCGCACCGAAUAUCCAGCGGCAGUAACGGCGGAAAUAGUCGAUGUUAACGUGAAUUCAUUGGACGGCACGACGGGAAAGCCAUUGGACGUCGACCUACCACCAACCCUACCGAUGAGCUUCGGCACAGAAAAUUCAACAUCGGUUUCGGCGCAAUCAGGAUCUACGGCCCUGAUGCCUUGCGUGGUCCACAACCUGGGAGAAGGCACGGUGUCGUGGAUCAAGCGGAAGAACGUACAGCAGUUACUGACCGUAGGACUGACGACGUACGCCAACGACGAGCGGUUUCAAGCAAUCCAUUUCCACCACAGCGAGGAUUGGACUCUUCAAAUAAAAUACGUCCAACCCAGGGAUGCCGGACUAUACGAGUGCCAAGUGUCUACUCAUCCGCCCACGAGUAUAUUUCUGUUUCUUGAGGUUGUUGAAGCGAGAGCGGAGAUAGCCGGACCGGGGGAGAAAUUCGUCAGGCCCGGCAGCACGUUACAGCUCCACUGCCUGGUGAAGAAAUCCACGGAGGUGCCGUCGUACCUGUUCUGGUACCACAAUUUCCGUAUGAUCAACUACGACGUCGAACAGGGUGUCAACGUCAGCACUGACCUCGUUGGCCGGGAGAGUUGGCUGGAGGUGCCAAGGGCGUCGGACCGUCAUUCGGGCAACUACACGUGCAAGGCCAGCAAUGCCCAACCAGCGCGUGUCCUGGUGCACGUGUUCAAGGGCGACAAUCCGGCUGCCAUGCAGCACAGCAUGGCGUCAUCGCCGUCGAUGAUGGCCUGCACCGCGCUGCUCACCAUGUUCAUCACGCUGAAACUGGCGUUGCAGACGAACUGGAGCUUGUGACGUGCGUGAGCGUAAGACUCGCGGGUGCCCGAGGUGUGUUAGCGAAAUUCCGUGACACUCGCGCGUUUCCCGCGAUGACCGCGUGUGCGAGGCACCAUGUAUGCGUACCGCGAUUAACACGUACCGCCGAGAUUAUAGAACGGUGGUAUAGUCAUGGUGGUUCCAGUUGAAGACCCAUCCCGAAUUGUUCUCGGACCGGCGACGCCGAAACUCUUGGAGCUGCGAGAUUGUCUGUGAUUGAUUACUGUACGUUCAAACGAUCAAGCUCAUUCGUCGCCGAGUGCAGGACGGUUAGAUUGGGAGAUUCGCAGCUGUGAUUAUUUGCACCACCGGGCGACCGAUUGAUCUGUUCCAAGUCGGUUUAGUUAAUAGUUCGACAAGGAGUAUGUAACUACGUUAGAGCACGCUAAUGCAAAGCAGGAUGAAGCUGUUACAUUGAUAAUGAUCGGUCAAGUGCUCAAUCGCCCUCUAACGAAAUUCUCUAAUCAUUAAAAUUGUGUGUGAUUGAUCCAAUGGAGAUCGAAGCAACAGUAGCAUAAUGAUGGCUCAGCCAUUUGCACUGAGAGAAUCAUUUAUUGGACUGAAGAAAGCUCAGUAUUCGCCUGGAAUAAAGUACCAUCGUAACGUCGUCCGGAUGAGCCGCGCUAUAUCAUUCACUCUUCUGCCGAUCGAUCGUUUACAUUCCAUGUCGCAUGAAAUUGAGAAUCGGAAGCAGAAAUAUUGGCCCGUAAUGCAGAGGCAAAUGGUAUCAAGAGAGCGCUGGAUUAACUCCGGCCGGAUCAUAUUCGCGAUCGAUCGUCCGUGAGUUCGCGUUUUCGACGCGGGCAAAAAAUGAUCGUUAAUAGGAGCGAAGACAGCGUGCCAUCAAUCUAGCAGCGAGCACGAAGAAUUCGGUGCUCCCAUAUAUCCUACAGCUACGGCAAACUGGAACUCCCGUGCGCGUGAAUGCGAGGCGUUACCUCGUACGCGAGCGAAGGUUGUUAGAGAAAUCCCU